AUGUACCAACGAAAAGAAGCCAAUUCAUCCCUCACUAUCGAUGAACUUUCAGAAGAAUAUGGUUGUGACCAAAGCACAGUUUCAAAAAUUUUGAAGGCAAAACAUGAACCAAUGAAGUUCACACAAUUGGAAGAUGCUCUGAGUAUUUGGACCUAUCAGGUUUUUUCACAAAAUAAAAUAUUGACAGAUGGACUUCUGCAACUUCAAGCAAGAAAAUUUGCUGAAUUGCUAAAUAUAUCAGAGGAGAAUCUCGGUGCCAAAUAUGAAGCCAACAAGAAAGCAUGGAUGACAAGCGAAAUUUUUGGACAUUGGAUAAAGUUUCUAAAUACUAUCAAUCAUCUCAAAUGCAAAAAAAUUCUUGUCUUG